AAGUACGCAUCCGUCGUACUACUUGUGUUAGAAUUUCCUUAGCACAAGGCGGUACCAGCUAGCUAGUAAUAAAGUGGUGCCAUUCAAGUUGUGGCAGCUUCAAGACUUGAUCUGGGUCCAGAGAAUGUUUCAUACAGCGCUUGCUGGCUUCUUUUCCGUGACUCACCAAGCAUUGUCGACUGAGGCAAGUACGUGUUCCAAAGGAGAGACAAUGACAUCGAAAAGUAGCCGAGCAGCCGACGCAAGAUACCAUCCAGGUUCAUCAGUUCACCAACACAUGCAGCCACACGAAAGUGUUUGAGUCAGAACAAGUAUUUGCUUGCUUGAGCUACCCAGGUUUACUCAUCAAGCAAGAUCAAGGCUGCCCACGAACGCCGCAAAUUUUACCUAGUUCUUCCCUUGUUUGCCACUUUCAAGGAAAACCAUUUUUCAUAAUCCCACCAUGGUCCGGAUUAGUAGUUUUGUGUUCACACUGGCCGUUCUGGCCCCAGGAGUCUUGUCCUUUACUGCCCCACACAGCCAGCAGAGAAGCGCCAAUAAUGCAGUGUCUUCGACCAGCCUGGAAAUGAGCCUCAGUCAAAAGGCCGCCAUCAAGGUUGCGGGUGUUGCUGCGGGGGCCGCCGUGGCAGGAACCGUGUUUGUCAAGAGUUAUCUCGACAAGGGAUCCAGAACAUACGAAGAAGGAUCCGUGGCCCGUGAGUACGAUGCCUGGGCAGAUGAUGGUAUCCUGGAAUACUAUUGGGGAGAGCAUAUUCAUCUUGGCUAUUACAAUGAAGAAGAAAUGGCAGCAGGAUACAAAAAGAAGGAUUUUAUUGAAGCCAAAUAUGAUUUUAUUGAUGAAAUGAUGAAAUUUGGAGGUAUUGACCCAGCCAAAGAUUCCGAAGCCAAGGUUUUGGACGUUGGUUGUGGUUUCGGGGGAACAUCUAGGUAUCUGGCCAAGCAACUUGGACCCAAAUGCUCGGUGACUGGAAUCACCCUAAGUCCAAAACAAGUAGAACGUGGAACCGAACUGGCUCAGGAACAAGGAGUCCCAAACGCUAAAUUCCAAGUUACCAAUGCACUUGACAUGACAUUUGAAGACAACACUUUUGAUAUUGUUUGGGCCUGUGAAAGUGGAGAACACAUGCCAGACAAGGAACUGUACAUCAACGAAAUGAUGCGAGUGCUCAAGCCAGGAGGCAAGUUUGUCAUGGCCACUUGGUGCCAAAGAGAUGACAGAGACAGGCCCUUUGACAAGAAAGAUGAACGCGACUUGAAGUUUUUGUACGAGGAAUGGACACACCCCUACUUUAUCUCUAUCGAAGCGUACGACGAGUUGUUGCAAAAGACCAAUGUGAUGGAAAACAUCAAGACGGACGACUGGUGUGAACCAACCAUUGCCUCGUGGCGUCAUUCCAUCUGGGUUGGUGUCUACGAUCCAAGAGGAUGGAUUUUCAAACCCAAAAAGUACUUUAAAUGCUUCCGUGAUGGUUGGUGUUUGGAACGAAUGCACCGUGCUUUCAAGCGUGGUUUGAUGGAGUACGGCAUGUUUGCGGCUACCAAGCAAGCCGCACCCGUAGAGGAGCCCCAGGAGGCUGUUGUAGAAGAGGAGAGCGAUAGUUAG